AUGACCUCUAAAACCAUGCACCAGCGCCUGACUGGAACCGUACUCGUUCACGGCGACGACGAGUUCGCUCACGGAUCCGAAGUAGCUCCAUCCAUCUCUGUGACAUCCACCUUCAGAGCCCCUUUAACCGAAGACAAUAUUCCGCUCAACCCAGAGGAUUUUGAUUUUCGGAAUCCGACGAGGCACGUUUAUUCACGAUGCACGCAGAAUGUCAGCACGCGCGCAGAGCAUGUGCUCAGUAAAAUCAACGGUGGAUAUGCGAUGACAUACGCAUCCGGGCUAGCCGCUUCGUAUGCCGCCCUAGUUUACUUCCACCCCAAACGUAUCGCCAUCUCUGGCGGAUACCAUGGAUUUCAUAACACCAUCGCAAAACGCCCCUCAACCCAACAGGCGAAGCUAGGCGAGUCGUGCUGUUCGGUUAUCUACGUGGAGACGAUUACUGAACGUCUUGAGACUAGGGAUAUCAAAUUCUACGCAGACAAAGUACAUGCAGCCGGGGGAAAGCUAGUAGUCGAUUCGACUUUCGCCCCUCCACCUCUUCAGUACCCCUUCAAAUGGGGAGCAGACAUGGUCCUUCACAGCGGCAGUAAGUACUUCGGUGGACACUCUGAUCUGCUUUGUGGCGUUCUCGUUGCGCAGACUGGAGAGGAAUGGAAGACGCUCUGGACGCAUCGCACCUUCCUUGGGUCCAUGAUGGGUUCCCUCGAGUCGUGGCUGCUCCUGCGUUCCCUUCGCACAUUACAUUUGCGUGUGCCUCGUCAGUCGGAGAGCGCGGAGGGCCUUGCUCGCUGGCUGAGUCUGGCUGCAGGAGGAAAGGCGUACGACGGGAUACCGGCCGGUGUAAUUGACAAAGUUUGGCAUUCGAGUCUCCAAGGCACAGACGGCAGAGGAUUUAAUCCUGAAGUCCAAUUGGAGGGUGGAUGGAAUCCUACUUUUUCCAUUUUCCUGACUGACCCAGAAUACGCGAGGCUUCUACCACAUUCUUUGAAGUAUUUCAUACCCGCGACAAGUCUGGGAGGUGUAGAGUCUCUCAUCGAGCAGCGUAGCUCCGUUGACCCAACUGCGGAUCCUCGUCUUGUUAGAAUUAGUGUUGGUGUGGAGGACUUGGAGGAUCUCAAGAGCGAUUUACGUAGGGCGUUCCAGGAGAUUGUACGGCCUCAGACCAGAUUGUGA